AUGUUUCUCUCAUUCAUCUAUAAAGCCUUGACUAACAAAAAGGAAAACAUGUACUAUCACGCCAAAGGGUUGAAAGAGGAUUCCGUGGAUCUGUCUCUCGAAACUUUCCACAAGCUAAUAGACACCGCUAAUGGCGACAAGGAUAUAGAGUGGAUCUUCAAGAGUUACAAACAGCUUGCCAAAAUCUAUUAUCAGCGAAACCAGUAUGACAGUGUUCUUGAAUGCAUCGGGAGCUUGAUUGGCCUUUUGCCCAAGCUCAAUGGAAACUAUGCGGAGGAUUCGAUCAAUAAGCUUCUAUCCCGAUACUCGUCUUCGAAAAACACGGCCUUUGUUUCCAAGAUGUACGACGUUAUCGUGUCCAAUCUCCAGGACGCAGAAGUCUCUGGCAUGUCAGCGCACCGGCUUUGGCUCAAGAUCAAUAUCAAUAGAUUGAAUAGCAUGCUAGAGCAUGACGAGUUGCAAAAAUGUCCCGAGAUCAUUCGUGCCAUAAACGAGAAGCUCGAAAAUGUUUCAGAGCUGACUAAGACAUCCUAUGCCUUGGACAUCAUUGCAGCGGAAAUCGAAUAUGAGAUGCGCAGCAACGGGAAUAUCAAUACUUUGAAACUGAUUUACCAGCGGAGUCUUCAAGUGAAACCUGCAAUUACACAUCCUCGAGUCAUGGGGGUUAUAAAAGAAUGUGGAGCCAUGCUUCAGUUUUAUGCGAAGAAGUAUGAUAGGGCUCGCGUGGAGUUUUACGAGUGCUUCAAGCAUUUCGAUGAGGCCGGUUCCUUGUCGAAAAAUAAAGUAUUGAAAUAUUUGUGCUUAUGCUCGAUGCUUGCUGAUAACGAGGUGAAUCCUUUCGAAAGUCAGGAAACACAGGUUUACACGCAGCUACCGGAGUUCCAGAAUUUGAUUUUGUUGGGCAAAUGCUAUGAGCAGGUUGACUUGAAGCAGUUUCUUUCCACGGUGGACUCAAUGAACCGAUCAGGCGACUCUCUUGCGCAAGAUCCAAUUUUCAAGAGUGCUCUACCGAAUAUUCUUCAUAAUCUCAAGGUCAAACUCAUUCUCAGCUACUUGAAAGCUUACAAAACUGUUCGAUAUGAUUUUGUGAUUCUGAGGCUCUCCCUUGCAGACGAUACCGAACUUGAAAACCUCUUGAUGUCUAUGGCAAAUGAAGGUGCUGACCCCCGAAUGCGUAUAGACUUUUGUCUGCGAACUAUAGAAACGGAAGACGAAUCCUCCUCAAUCUUCCCUCCUUCGUUGAAUGAGAAAAUAGUUACAGACAACUUUGGAGUAUUGAGGAUGUUGAGGUUCUACAUUCCCAACUUUGCGUCAGAAAACAACGAUGCCCAAAUGGACAUUGAUGGGACGCUGGAAGAUAACAGUUCGCCUCUUUGGAAUUUCAGCAAAAUGCUCUUUUUUGAUGCCAAAGCAGCCCACGAUUGGCUUCUGUGGUUGAAGAGUGCCAUCCCUGCUAAAGCUCAACAUUUGGUAAGUCAAAAGGAUCAGAUAUACUCUGAGCAGCAAGAUUCGACCGCCAUAAAGCAGGGCCCAAGUGAUUUGGUACAAACAGAUGCAAGCACAAACAGCGGUAUUUUGGGUGCUACUACAAUGCAUCCAACGGAACCAGAGGAGGAAGAAGAUGAGGACGAAGUGAGCAAAAUUGAUCUUCUUCAAACAUGGACCCAACAGCUUUUGGAUAGCUUGACAGAUAGUGGAUGA